AUGAAAUUGUAUACUUUGGUACCUCUUUUUCUGACAGUUUCACUACUGUUGGUUAAGGAAUCUUAUUCAUUGAUCCCAUUCUUGUUAAGUGCUGCAACUCCUUCUGUAGUGAAUAUGGUGGAAAAUCUCGUUAAACCUGCUAACUCGCGUUCACCUCAGGAUCCACAGCAACAGAAAUCGAUGCAGUACACCGCAUCAAAUGUCCAAGAACGAGAAGCUGCCAACUCCUAUGUACCUUUUUACCCCCCUGGAUACAUGUACCCUAACCCUAACCCUAACCCUAACCUAUUUCUCCAGCCUAAAUUUAUUUCUGGAUCCAUGUACCCAAACCCUAACCCUAA